UGUCCGUGUUUUACAACAAACGGUUGAGUGUGGUGAUGAGUUUCCAGAGCUGGAUUUCCAGUAUGAGGAUACAGAAUCUCACAUGAAUGAAAUUGCAGAGCUUUAUAGCUACACAGAAGUGCCUGAAUUCCAGAUAAACUUGAAGUGCUUCGACGAGCUGAUGAGCGAGCAUGGCUUCGGGAGAUGCUGGCAGAGCAUGCGCGACGAGCGGCGCCGGGCUGUGGUCCUCAAACUCAUGGAUCGUCUGGACCUCUCCAGGAGGGAUGCCCGCAUGAAAGCGAUGCGGGCGCUGCUGUAUAUAGCCCAGGGCUGCUGGGCCGAAGUGCAGUCGGACGAGGAGCAGGCGAGCUGGGCCAGAACCAACGUUAUGCUGCUAUACAAGUGCGGUGUAUUCUCCGCCUUCCUCGAGCUACUCUACCUCGAAAUCGAGAACGGCACGACGGCCAGCGCGGCGCUGCGCAAGCUGGCCGUCUCGCUGGCCGACUCCACGGACCUGCGCGUGGUGCUCAGCGUGCUGUACAUCAUGGUGGAGGUGAUGCGCGUGCCGGACGAGCUGGACCCGUGCACGCAGCUGCGUGAGAACUUCAAGGCCGAGCUCAUGCUGCCGCAGGACAACGGUGAGCUGGUGGUGGUGACGCUGCUGGGCAUGGUGGCCCGCUUCUGCAGCGGCGCCACGCGCACUUCCCCAUGA